UCUUCCCAUCCUAGUUGAGAGAAUAUGGCAUUAUCCGCAGUGUCUCAGUGGCUUGUGUUGGGAUAUACAUUUUUGUUGACUAUGGGAGGACUCAUAGGAUAUGUCAAAGCAGGCAGUGUGCCUUCUUUGAUAUCCAGUUUGCUCAGCGGUAGUAUUUUACUAUAUGGAGUAUAUCUAUCCAACUGGAAGGUUUGUUUCUUGACUCUUGUCGUAUUAUGUGUGGUAUUCCUUUGGAGAUGGUCCAAGACAGGCAAAAUAAUGCCUUCCGUACCUCUAGCUUGUUUGACUGCUUUCACUUGCAUUAUUCUAUGGGUAUUAGAAAACAAAACCUAAAGAGUUUUCCAAUAUAAAGAGUUUUUGUCAUAA